AUGCGCCGAGCGACGGGCGGGGCUAAAGCCCAGACCGGGGAGAGUCGCAUGAAGGAGUUUGCCACACUAACCACUGGUGAAAGCUGGCAAACUGACUUCUUUCUGGGUCUUGCGACAUGCAAUGAGGAGUACCAGAACUUGUCUAACGGGAGAGGGAAGAAUGGUCAGACUCGUACAUCAUCCGGAUUGGUUGCGGUCGGUCACGUGAUCCCUCACGCCAGUCUCAGGGCACAGAAGAAAAUGAAGAAGAGGAAAAGAGAAAACCUGCAGUCGGCCAAGAUGAAACGUGCAGGCAGGAUUCGCUGGCUCCUCCUCUUCCUUCUUUCUUCGAAGACGGAAUGCGGCUUCCUCAAGUACUACGCCACCAAACAAGGUCAAAGGUAUGGAGAUGUGUCUCGGAGAGUCUCCACUCGGUCCAUGGGGAACUGCAACAUCUUAUGCUCGAGUUUGCGACCGAAAGCAUGCAAGGCCUAUAACUAUCGAAGUUCCGAUGGGUCCUGUGAGCUGGUUGAGAAGGACAAGAGCUCGCUCAUCCCCUCCGAAGGAUAUCAAGCUUACGUCCAGAAGUUCUGCCUUACGGAGCAUCCGAUGGUGGAGAAUGCGGAUCUGACAUACCUCAGAUGGAAUGGGAAAUACCCAGCCCCUAGCGGAGCCAAGGUGCUCUUCCACUGUGAGGAGGGCUUCACAGACGGAAAGAAGGACCACUGGGCCACUUGCUCCGACUCCCCCGACUCAUGGUGCACCUCCUUCGUUGUCGACGGAGUGUCUUGUCCAAGACUGGGUUAG